UCUCUCCCUCACAGCGCGUCCGAGGCUCUCGGCGGGAGGACAGACUCAUUGACGGCAGCAUCUCCAAACCUGAGCCGGGAGGAGAGAGAAGGAUGCUCCAGUGACAUCUCUAUUCUCCAUCACCUCUUUUGGACUCAUCCAUCAUCUCGGGAAGCUUCCAUUAAAAAAAACCUUCCCCCUCCGUCAAAAACAAAAAAAAGAAAGAAAGCCGCCAUUCACCAUUGAAUUGGACUCUCCAGUGGAUAAAAAGUAGAUUUUUUUCAAAGGGGAGGGGGGUGAUUGUGGACUGCGGAUGUUGUGUCGCCUGGUAUGUUUUGUUCCCUUUUUUGUAUGUAUUUUUUUGCUGGGAGGAUUUUUGUGGACGGACCCCGGACUCACAGAGGCAGUCCGUAAGCAGAAAGAAGCUUCAUUGGAUGUGACGCCAGUAAUGAGCUAAAGACUUACGUGCCAGGAGAAAGAAGAAGAGCGGGUCACAUGCUAAAGAAUUAGCCGGUUCCCUUCACCAAACAGGAAGUCACCCCAGAGGAGGCGGAGUGGUCUGGAGGAGGCCACAUCCAAGUGUGAGGUUGCUGAGGUUGGCUUUGAUGAUGACGAUGAAGAGGCAAGACGUUGGGUUGCUGAGGGUCUUGGUCCUCCUCGCGGGACUUUGUGCCCUCUGUAGUCUGGCAUCAGCAAGCCGGAGAUGGGACGCGUCCACCGGGCAUCGUUCACACAGACGUGCAGGUCACAUGUCGCUGCACAGACACAGACCGAGGGCAGGCAAGGAGGGUCAGGUUCUACACAGGUCCAAACGAGGUUGGGUCUGGAAUCAGUUCUUCGUCAUCGAGGAGUACACGGGGCCUGACCCGGUUCUGGUGGGCAGGCUCCACUCCGACGUCGACUCGGGCGACGGCAACAUCAAGUACAUCCUAUCCGGCGAGGGAGCGGGUACGACGUUUGUGAUUGACGACAAGACGGGGAACAUCCACGCAACCAAAACGUUAGACCGUGAACAGCAGGCCCAGUACACGCUCACCGCCCAGGCCGUGGACAGGGACACUAACAAACCUCUGGAGCCGCCUUCGGAGUUUAUCGUCAAGGUGCAGGACAUCAAUGACAAUCCUCCGGAGUUUCUCCACGGGCCGUACUACGCCAGGGUGCCUGAGAUGUCCAACGUUGGUACGUCUGUGAUCCAGGUGACGGCUACAGACGCUGAUGACCCCACGUAUGGUAACAGCGCCCGGCUGGUGUACAGCAUCCUGCAGGGACAGCCAUACUUCUCUGUGGAGCCCCAGACAGGUAUCAUCCGCACGGCACUGCCAAACAUGGACCGUGAGGCCCGCCAGGAGUACGACGUGGUCAUCCAGGCCAAAGACAUGGGCGGUCACAUGGGCGGACUAUCGGGGACCACCGAGGUCAAGAUCAGCCUCACCGACGUGAACGACAACCCACCAAAGUUCCCACAGAGUGUUUACUCCAUGUCUGUGUCCGAGGAUAAAGUGGAGGGGGAGGAGGUGGGCCGCCUCAAGGCCAAAGACCCAGACAUGGGAGACAACGGGCUGGUCAACUACCGCCUGACUGACGGAGACGGCCUGGGAAUGUUUGACCUGACCACCGACUCGGAGACGAGGGAGGCUGUCAUCAAGCUGAAAAAGCGGGUGGACUUUGAGACAAAGAGGUCAUACACGCUCAAAGUGGAGGGUUUCAACCUUCAUGUUGACCCCCAGUACCUGGCCUGGGGGCCGUACAAGGACGAGGCUACCAUUAAGAUAUCAGUGGAAGACGCAGACGAGCCGCCCGUCUUUGUGGCGCCCUUGUAUACUUUCGAGGUGGAGGAGAACGCCCCAGAGGGUACUCAGGUGGGACGCGUCCACGCCAAGGACACAGACGUUGCCAACAAUCCAGUCAGGUAUAUGAUUCCUCGCUACACGGAUGUGGAGCAGUUCUUCAGUAUUAACGCAGAGGACGGCAUGAUCACCACCACCAGACCACUAGACAGGGAGAAUCAGGCCUGGCACAACAUAUCAGUGUCGGCCACAGAGAUAGGAGGACACCACCAGGACACUAAAGUACGCGUCAACAUUAAAGUGAAAGACAAAAACGACAACGCUCCGGAGUUUGCGACCAACAAUGAAGUCCUCAUGUGUGAAAAUGUCGCACCAGGAAAGGUGAUCGAAACCAUCAGCGCGGUGGACAAAGACGAGAUGGGCCACAGACAACACUUCAUCUUCAGCUUAGCUCCAGAGGUGGCCCACAACCAUAACUUCUCCCUCAAAGAUAACAGAGACAGCACGGCCAACAUUUAUGUGUUGCGUAAAGGAUUCAGCCGCCUGACGCAGGAUGUCUACUUCCUCCCCAUCGAGAUCAACGACAACGGAAUUCCGUCCAUGAGCAGCACCAACACGCUAACCAUCCGAGUGUGCUCGUGCGACAGCAAGGACAUCAUCUUGUCUUGCAACGUGGAGCCAUACGUGCUGCCCGCCGGCCUGAGCACGGGCGCGCUUAUCGCCAUCCUGGCCUGCAUUGUCAUCCUGCUGGCCAUCGUGGUAUUGUUUGUGGCGCUGAGGCGUCAGAAGAAGGAGCCGCUGAUUGUGUUCGAGGAGGAGGACAUCCGCGAGAACAUCAUCACGUACGAUGACGAGGGAGGCGGCGAGGAGGACACGGAGGCUUUUGACAUUGCGACGUUGCAGAAUCCCGAUGGCGCUAAUGGUUUCCUGCCAAGAAAGGACAUCAAACCAGAACUCCAGUUUCCACUCAGGCCCGGCGUCGGCCGCCCGGCUGCCAACAGCGUCGACGUGGAUGACUUCAUCAAAACUCGCAUCGCCGAGGCUGACAGCGAUCCGACGGCACCCCCGUACGAUUCCAUCCAAAUCUACGGCUACGAGGGUCGGGGGUCUCUGGCGGGGUCGCUGAGCUCAUUGGAGUCGGUGACCACGGAGUCUGACUUGGAUUAUGACUAUCUGCAGAGUUGGGGUCCCAGAUUCAAGAAGCUGGCGGAUUUGUACGGGACCAAAGACUGCUACAUUAAUGACGCUGACGAUGGCGAGGACUCUUAACGGUGGUCUUAUCGACUGGACGACCCUUCUUUUCCGAACCCCGGUUCCCCAAAUUCUGACGUGAUUCUGUGAGGCUACGAGGGCUUAAACGCCUCAACUCUUCCCAAGUGAUCAGUUCACCUUGUCAACUUUCUCCAAUUUCCUCCAAGAUGAUUUGUUAGCAAAUGAAUGCAGUCCGAUUCCCUUUGCAGUAUAGGGCUGGAUAUACCAUGUCAACAGUAUGUUUCACUAAAAAAAAUGUUCCUGUGUGAGCAAGAUGAUGCUUAGUGCAAAAGUGUUUAGUUGAAAUUAGAGGUUCUGGACAUUUUUUUGUGGACUGGAUUCACAAACUUCACCGGUUCCCGAGAGAGCUUUUACUCCCUUUACAGGUUCCUGACCUGCUCUCUUAGUGGGGGCCGCCAUUGAGGACUACGUUAGUAAAAGUAGCUGUCUGGAUCUGGUGGUCCUGAACGUCCAGACAGCUGAAUCAAAAAAAAAACGUUUCGAAUGAAGCGGUACCACGUUACCGACACAGCGAAGGACUCCGGGUUGUUGAUACCGUGAAGAUGCGGCGAGCGUCUUCACAGUAUGGUGGCCUUAAAAUAAAAAAACAAAACAACUCCGGGGGUGACUAACAGAUAAACAAUGUAGAGACCGCUAGCUUCAGUAGCUUCCUGCGGACAAAGCAAAGGACUAAGGCUCUGUGAAGAUGCCGCUCUAGUAACCCCAACCCCCCCCUUCCUUACUCCACUCCCAUAACGAGACGGACUGGAUUCAAACGUUAAGAACUGGAUUAUUUGUCUUCAAGUCAGAAAAAGAGAAGCCGCCCUUUUCCUCGGUCCUAUCAAUCACUUCCACCGAUGAUGAUGAUCAGUCAUAACGAGUCAAAAACCCUGUGAGAUCUAAAAAUAGCCUUAAACUCAACGGACACUCUGGCGACGACGCAGUGCAUUCUCCUUGUUUUGCAUCAUUUUGUUCCAUUUUUUUCGUCCCCACCCCAAACUUGAUCCGUGCAGAGAAUGUGCAAAUGAGUGGUUAAGAUGAAAGGCGAUGUUUCAGCGUUCAAUGCCCAUUUCCCGCCGCGAGCUUUGCAGGGCAGCAACAUCUGUUGCAUCAACACAUGUUGCAAAAAAAAUCCGAAAACGCUGAAAACCAGGACGUGAUUUUUAAGUGCAAAGGUUCUUUAACCUCAUUUUUUAAUUAUUAUAUUAUAAUUAUUAUAUGUUUUUUUUAAUCAGUAUUAUCAUUAUUAUGACUGUUAUUAUUUCUUUGGCUACACAGGAAGAAACUCAUGUCGACCUCUGCAGUUUAUGCUAAGAGUUCAACAAGUUUUCAUUUGUUUUUCUUUUGCUGCUUGUUUUCUUUCCCCUUCGUUAUUUGGUGUUCCAUCAUUCUUUCUCCCCGGUCAAGAGAAACACAACACAAGCAAUCUGUGUUUGUUUGCCGCCGCGAGAGAGAGAAAGAGAGAGAGUGAGACCUCCUUUUUAUUCUUCUUCUGUCAAGUUUUAUGGUACCGAUUUGUACAAUUUUAAAAGUUCUUAUUUUAGUAUACAUUCCAGAAUAUUCCAGUAUUACAACAAAAAAACAUGUUAAGAAGAUUUAAAAACAAAAUGAUUCAGCAUCACACUUAUAUUUUCUGAACAUUGUAUCGUUGCUUUACUAUGUGCUUCAAUCUCCGAAGCAAAAAAAAAACAAACUUUGAAAUAAAUGCUCUUUUUA